AUGUCAGUGAGUAACAAAUAGGCCAAACAAAGUCCAACGCGUACGUCUGAGAUGAGAAAGCUCGCAAUAUAGAAUUUCCCGCUAAGAGUCGAGCAGCAGAGAUUGCGGGUCGCCGGAGGGGAGAGAGGUGGGGGAACAGGGACUAGGAAUGGCCAGCAAGCUCAGCUGAGCUCACGCGUCACGCCCUCUUUGAUUCCAUCGAGAGAGACCGGAGCUGGGAGAGCCAGCUUGCAGGAUAUGGAUCAGCAGCAGGAGCGUGACCGGCGGCGGACGCUGCUGCUGGUGAACCUGGCGUCCAUCAUGGAGCGCGCCGACGAGGCCCUGCUCCCCGCGGUGUACCGGGAGGUGGGCGCCGCGCUGCACGCCAGCCCCGCAGGGCUCGGCGCCCUCUCGUUGUGCCGCUCCAUCGUCCAGGCCGCCUGCUACCCGCUCGCCGCCUACGCCGCCGCGCGUCACAACCGCGCCCACGUCAUCGCCGUCGGGGCCUUCCUCUGGGCCGCCGCCACCUUCCUCGUCGGAGUCUCCGACACCUUCCUACAGGUGGCAAUCUCACGAGGCCUGAACGGCAUCGGCCUGGCUCUGGUUGUGCCGUCGAUCCAGUCCCUGGUCGCCGACUCCACCGACGACGGCACGCGCGGGUCGGCGUUCGGGUGGCUGCAGCUCGCCAGCAGCCUGGGCCUCAUCUCCGGUGGCUUCGUCGGGCUGCUGCUGGCGCAGACCACGGUCCUCGGGAUCGACGGCUGGCGCGUCGCCUUCCACCUCGUGGCCGCCAUCAGCGUCGCCGUCGGGGUCCUCAACUGGUUCCUCGCCGUUGACCCCCAUUUCCCUCGGCGCGAGCGCGACGGCGGCAAGCAGCAGGCUGCUGCGACGGCGCGGGAGGUCGUGGCGGAGAUGAUCGAGGAGGCCAAGUUCGUGGUGCGGAUCCCCACGUUCCAGAUCUUCGUGGCUCAGGGGGUCAGCGGCUCGUUCCCGUGGUCGGCGCUCUCGUUCGCGUCCAUGUGGCUGGAGCUCAAAGGCUUCAGCCACAGCGACACCGCCGUGCUCAUGACCAUCUUCUGGGUGGCCAGCUCCCUCGGCGGCCUCCUCGGGGGCAAGAUGGGCGACCUCCUCGCCGUGCGGUACCCCGACGCCGGCAGGAUCGUCCUCUCCCAGAUCAGUCCCCUCUCGGCGGUGCCCUUGGCCGCCGUGCUGCUGCUGGGCCUCCCCGACGACCCGCCCAAGGGCGUCUCCUACGGCGCUGUCCUCUUCAUCAUGGGCGUCUUCAUGUCCUGGAACGGUCCCGCCACGAACUUCCCUAUAUUUGCGGAGAUCGUCCCGGAGAAGUCAAGAACAAGCAUCUACGCCCUGGACAGAUCCUUCGAGUCAGUGCUAUCAUCGUUUGCGCCUCCGAUCGUCGGCUUGCUGGCGGAGCGAGUGUACGGGUACAGGCCGAACGACAAGGGGGAGAGCGUGGAGCAGGACCGGGGGAACGCCGCGUCGCUAGCCAAGGCGCUGUACACGUCCAUAGCGAUACCCUUCAUAGUCUGCACCGCCAUAUACUCGUUCCUGUACUGCAGCUACCCCAGGGACAGGGAGCGCGCGCGCAUGCAGUCGCUGAUCGAGUCGGAGCUCCAGCAGAUGGAGCACGAGCACGGCGAGAGCUCCUGUCUGGAGCUGGAAGACGGCGGCGGCGGCGAUGGUGGUGUGCCCAAGGUUUUCGGCUCGGCGAACGGCGGCGAAAGAGCUACCAUUGGCGUUAUCUAUGAACACAAGGAGGAUCCUGAAGCUGAGAAGGAUACUGUCAGCCUGUUGGCGAACCGGGAAUCGUGAUAGGAAAUUCAAAUGGAGUUUUCUGACUUAGAGAUUGUUCGAUGGAUGUUUCAGAGUGAAACUGGCAAUGGCCAUGCAUGCUAGACAAGGUAGGGGAAAUUGUAGCCACCGAAGGUAUUUGUUAGAACGAGUUGCCUGUGGCCGUUGCUAGAAAGUCUUAAGAGUACAACAGUUAGAAUUCGUUUGUUGGGACAGGAAAAAGUAGUACAGUACAUACUGGAGUUCAGAUUGUUGAUGGAUUCAUGAUGCAAAACGGUUGCGAAGUCAGCGUCUUGCUUGCUCGGGGAAAAUGAUCUGUACUUGGUCACUUGCAGGCUCCGGGGCUGCUAAUAUCAACAAUAACUUAAAUCU